AAAGGCAGUCGCAGUGCUACAUGAAACAGAGAAAAAAUAAUGAAUUCUCUGGGAAAAUGAUAGUUGUUGACCAAGAUGAUAAAAUCAGCAAAAGGAGAAGAUGUAACAUUAAACAUUUGGAACAAUUUCACAAUUUACUUCUUCUACUCCAUCAAUUACAAAGUGCAGCUAAAUUUCUUGGGCUGUAAGUAAUCAUUGUUCACCAUCUCUAAUCUGUACCCAACAUGAAUCAAUUGUUGUCAAAACCAAUAAGAACAGCAGAUCAAGUUAUUAGAUCUGCAUACGCAGCAACUUCAUAUAAACAUGAGUGCUGCAAGAUCAUGUUCAAGACUCGGAAGCUUACAGCAAUGUUUCAGAAGAUGUUGAUCAUGACCCUGGCAGAUCCUAAAUUCUAUGAUCGACCGAUAUACAGGGUGAUUGAGUCUACUCACGAAAUACUGGAGGACACUCUGUCUCUUGUUCUCAGAUGCAGUGCUAAAGGUCUCAAGAAGUAUCUGUAUGAUCUAUCGAUCCUCCCCGCAACUGAUUUUGGAAAGUCUCUAAUUCAGUUGGAAAAAUCUAUUCGAGAUGUCCAUUGGCUCCUUGAAGUUUGCUUUUCCAGCAACCAUGGAAUCGGUAAGUGCACGUAUUGGCCUCCGUUCGCUAAUAAUGAGACAUAUCGUUAUUUUGUUUGGAAACAGAUUGCGAUUCUUUAUACUGGGCCUUUAGAUGAUAAAUCUGAUGCUGCUGCAGUGCUUCUUUCGAUUGCUAGAGAUAGUGAUUACUGCUGGAAGUUGAUAAUUGAAGAAGGUGGAGUUGAGCCUUUGUUGAAAUUGUUGAAAGAAGGUGAAAUGAAAUGUCUAGAAAGUGCUGCAAAAGCUAUUGGGUACCUGGGUCGUGACCCGGAAAGUGUUGAAUACUUGAUCCGUAUAGGCGUUUGUAAUGUUUUUGCUGUAAUACUCAAAGAAGGUCCUAUGAAAGUUCAGUCUGCUGUCGCAUGGGCUGUGUCUCAACUAGUUGCGAAUUAUCCUAAAUGUCAGGAUAAAUUCUUUGAGCAUAAUAUAGUCGGUUCGCUCAUCAAGCACCUUUCGUUCGAGAUAGUUCAAGAACGUAUUCAAAAUGAAUUUGUUGUCAACAAAGCCACGUCGGUGCUUGCAAUUGUAAUGGCAAGAAAUCGUUUGAACGCUAGUAAGGCAAUGGAAGAGUUGGAAGACAAUCAGCCUCGUAAUGUUACAUUAUCUCCCGUAGACACUGAAACCAAGAACUGUAUGAAGGCAAUGGCAGCUAAAGCACUUUGUGUCCUUGUCAGGGGCAACAUUAAGAUAUGCCGUCAUAUCACGGAGUCAAGAGCUCUAGCGUGCUUUGUGUUUCUCUUGGACAAAGGAGCGAAAGAUGUUCCAUAUUUUUCAGCCAUGGCUUUGAUGGAGAUAACAGCAUUAGCUGAGCAAGAUAGCGAUUUGAGGAGAUCCACAUUCAGGUCAAGUUCGCCUGCUCGUAAAAUUGUCGUUGAUCAACUUGUGAGAACUAUCGAAGCAGGGGAAGAUUCUGUUAUUUCCAUCCUAUGCAUCAAAGCAAUCGGGAAUUUGGCAUGGACAUUUCGAGUUGGGGAGACAAGAAUAAUUGCCCUGCUGGUUCGACUUCUAGAUAAAAGUGUAUCUGUAAUUUCCAGGGAGGCUGCAGUUGCCCUUUCCAAGUUCUCGUGCACAGAGAACUAUCUCCACCUAGAUCAUUCCAAGGCAAUCAUAGAAGCUGGAGGGGCAGAGAUUUUGGUCAGACUUGUGAAUCGUGGUGAACGGGUAGUUCAAUCACAAGCAUUGCUUCUGCUAUGUUACAUUGCUCUUCACGUCCCAACUAGCGAAAAGCUUGCGCGGACAAAGGUGUCUUCUGUGCUAGAAUGGGCAUCAACGCAAUCACUUGUCAUCCAAGACCAAACCUUUGAUUCAUUGCUUCCGAAGGCUAAAAGCAUGGUUUUAAAAACUGUCAUUCCAUUGUAUAGCGCUCGUUAAUCACCGAGUCCUAUCGUAAUUUUUCUGAAAAUGCCAGUGUUUAUUUGCUUAAUUGAUCGUCUUGCUUGCAUUAUGUAAAUAUUAUUUAUCUUGCUCUUCAUCAUCAUUGAACAAGUCACAUCUCCUAAUA